AUGUUUCUCAUUCUUCUCGCGUGUGUUAUUUUGUGUGCCGGUGUCAUCUACCUCCCAUACUCGGCCGGGCUCACACAUAUCGAAAAGAACCACCAUGUGAAAAGUGCCAAAAAGGAAAAGGAAACGAAAGCGCCCCAGUACGAUGGAUACGUCCCGCCCGAUGAGGAAAUUAGACUCCAAGAAGAGGCCAAAAACGCCCGUGCAUCGGCGCUCAAGGAAAAAUUGACUGUGACUGCCGAGGAUAUGCCGCUUCGCAUCCGCUUGAACCAAGACUCGGUCUUGAGAAAGAGACAAGAACACACCAUUAGCGAUGGCAAUCCCAACACCUACGACUACGACUUGGACGAGUUGAUCGAGGAGGAGACCGUGGGCGCUGCGCAAAAGGCCCAGGCCGAGCUUUAUUCGCACGAGAAGAUUGGCGGCGACAAGGAGGCGAUGGUGUGA